GCAAAUGGCUUCGUUUCCCGAGUCCGACUUCCAGAUCUGCCCGCUGUGCAAGGAGAUGUGCGGCUCGCCCGCUCCCCUCUCCUCCAACUCCUCCACCUCCUCGUCCUCCUCGCAGACCUCCAGCUCCUCCGGGGGCGGCGGCGGCGGCUCCUCCUGCGGGGGCCCGCCGCGGCGGCUCCACGUCCUGCCCUGCCUGCACGCCUUCUGCCGCCAGUGCCUGGAGGCGCAGCGGCACCCCGGCGGGGGGGACGCGCUCAAGCUGCGCUGCCCCAUCUGCGACCAGAAGGUGGUGAUCUCGGAGCCCUCGGGCAUGGACGCGCUGCCCUCCUCCAACUUCCUCCUCAGCAACCUGCUGGACGUCGUCGUGGUGGCCGCCGCCGCCGACGAGCAGAAGAACGGCCGCGCCGCCGGGGCCGGCCCCGCCGCCGCCGCCGGUUCCGGGGCGGGAGGAGGGAGCGGAGGCGGCGGCGGCGGCGGCAACAACCGACACCACGGCCGCCCGCCGCCGCCGCCCCACCGCGCCGCCGGCUCCUCGCCCGCCGCCGCCUCGGCCGCGCCUUCCUCGACGUCGUCGUCUUCCUCCUCCUCGGGCGGCGGCUCGGCGGCGCUGCUGCUGCGGCGGCCCCACAGCCGGCAGGGCGAGCCCCGCUGCAGCUCCUGCGACGAGGGCAACGCCGCCAGCUCCCGCUGCCUCGACUGCCAGGAGCACCUGUGCGACAACUGCGUGCGGGCGCACCAGCGUGUCCGCCUCACCAAGGACCACUUCAUCGAGCGCUUCGCCCCCGGACCCGCCGCACCCGGACCCGCCGUUGUUGCCGCCGCCGGCCCCGCCGCGCCGCUCGCCCUCAGCCCGCCCUACCCCGCCUCGCCCUACAACAUCCUCUCCGUCUUCCCCGACCGGGCCAGCUACUGCCAGCACCACGACGACGAGGUACUGCAUUUCUACUGUGAUACCUGUUCUGUCCCCAUAUGUCGGGAAUGUACCAUGGGUCGACAUGUGGGUCACAGCUUUAUCUACCUCCAAGAUGCCCUACAGGAUUCCAGAACUCUCACCAUUCAGCUCCUGGCAGAUGCUCAGCAAGGACGACAGGCUAUUCAACUGAGUAUUGAACAGGCCCAGGCCGUGGCAGAGCAGGUUGAGAUGAAAGCAAAGGUGGUACAGUCUGAAGUCAAAGCAGUGACUACUAGACAUAAGAAGGCCUUGGAAGAGCGGGAGUGUGAGCUGCUCUGGAAGGUGGAAAAGAUUCGUCAAGUCAAGGCUAAGUCACUCUACUUGCAAGUUGAAAAGUUACGUCAGAACCUAAAUAAGCUGGACAACACCAUUAGUGCUGUCCAGCAGGUCCUGGAGGAGGGUCGUACCAUGGAUAUUCUUCUGGCUCGGGACCGCAUGCUGGCUCAGGUGCAGGAGCUGAAGAAUGUGAGAGGCCUUCUCCAGCCACAGGAAGAUGACAGGAUCAUGUUCACUCCCCCUGACCAGGCACUGUAUAUGGCCAUUAAAUCGAUGGGCUUUGUCAGCAGUGGGGCUUUUGCCCCUCUGACUAAAGCCACCGGGGAAGGCCUCAAGCGUGCGCUGCAGGGCAAAGUGGCCUCUUUCACAGUGAUAGGCUACGACCAUGACGGUGAGCCUCGCCUUUCGGGAGGUGACAUGAUCUCAGCCGUGGUGAUGGGCCCAGAUGGGAACCUUUUUGGGGCAGAUGUCAGCGAUCAGCAGAACGGGACCUACCUGGUCAGCUACCGCCCGCAGCUAGAGGGAGAGCACCUGGUGUCCGUGAUGAUGUGCAACCAACACAUUGAGAACAGCCCCUUCAAAGUUGUGGUGAAAUCUGGGCGCAGCUACAUAGGCAUUGGGCUGCCGGGGCUCUCCUUUGGCAGCGAGGGAGACAGCGACGGCAAACUCUGCCGCCCCUGGGGGGUUAGUGUAGACAAAGAAGGCUACAUCAUUGUUGCCGACCGCAGCAAUAACCGCAUCCAGGUGUUCAAACCGUGCGGGACCUUCCAUCACAAGUUUGGCACGCUGGGCUCCCGGCCGGGCCAGUUCGAUCGCCCGGCCGGCGUGGCCUGUGACGUCUCGCGUAGGAUCGUUGUGGCGGACAAGGACAAUCAUCGCAUCCAGAUCUUCACGUUUGAGGGGCAGUUCAUUCUGAAGUUUGGGGAGAAAGGAACAAAGAACGGGCAAUUCAAUUACCCAUGGGAUGUGGCCGUCAACGCAGAGGGCAAGAUCCUGGUCUCUGACACAAGGAACCAUCGCAUCCAGCUGUUUGGGCCUGACGGUGUGUUUCUUAAUAAGUAUGGCUUCGAAGGGGCACUCUGGAAGCACUUUGAUUCCCCCAGAGGUGUGACUUUCAAUCAUGAGGGCCACUUGGUAGUGACAGACUUCAACAACCAUCGCCUUCUGGUCAUCCAUCCAGAUUGCCAGUCAGCACGCUUUCUGGGCUCGGAGGGCACCGGGAACGGCCAGUUCCUGCGCCCGCAGGGAGUGGCGGUGGAUCAGGAGGGGCGCAUCAUCGUGGCCGAUUCCAGGAACCACCGGGUGCAGAUUUUCGAGUCAAAUGGUAGCUUUUUAUGCAAGUUUGGCACUCAGGGAAGCGGCUUUGGUCAGAUGGACCGUCCUUCAGGUAUAGCCGUCACCCCUGAUGGCAUGAUUGUUGUGGUCGACUUCGGAAACAAUCGAAUUCUCGUCUUCUAAUCCGUGUUUGAAUUAGGAAGAAACUGUCUCAGGGAAAUUCUUCUAAGAGAAAAUGAAAAAAUACAACGUUAAUUCAAACCUACCUCAUCUUUAAUUUUUUUACAGAUGAAUGUACUUAUCUUUUUCUGCAGGGAGUGAGCCUGUAAAGUUAAAUUCUAUCUACCUCAUUGUCCUCCCUUCCCUCCCCGGUUUCUUGCCCCCUUCCCCAUCCCCACACACUCACAGUUCAGAAUGUUUUACCUCUCCCCCCUGCGAUGGGGUUUCAUGCACAAACAUGUUGCUGUGCACAUUAGGUGGUUUGUGUGGCGAGUUCUGUAGACUAAGCCA